AGCCAAGUUAAAUUUUCUUUCAGCUCCUACUAUCAACGCUCUACUUCUCCUCCCCUGUUUCCUUUGGCUCUCUCAUUCUCUCCUUCACCCCAGAUGGAUCUGCAGAACUGCUACCCAUUCAAGAAAACAUUCUACAAUUUCAUCGGCAUCAUCAUCUUCACCACCCUCCUCGACAAAAUCCUUUCAGUCGACCCAAAAUAUGAGGCCUGCGCCCCGCAGAACUGUGGGUCUCAACCAAACAUAAGCUUCCCCUUUUGGAUUAGUAGUAAACAAGAAUCCUACUGCGGCUACCCCAACCUUGAGAUCACCUGCGAUAACGGAAACCCAGCUCUCAAAAUUUCAAACGAUGAUUUUAUCGUCAAAGAUGUCUUCAAAAAUCAAUCCUUUCUGCUGAUUAACGCUGCCCUUUCAACGGAAUCAUGCCCAACUCCGCUGCAUAAUUUCAGCCUCCAGGGGACUCCCUUUAGUAAUAGCUCUUCUCUUGAUGUUCUCUGCUUGUUCUAUCACUGCACCGGGGAGCCUCCUGAUUACUCCAUGACUCUUAACUGUGCAAGCAAUUAUACCCAUGUCUCCUUUGCUGUUUUUGCCAAGGAUCUUCCAUCUGGCUCGAAUUCUUUACAUAACUCAUGCCAGUCUUGGGUUGAAGUACCUGUGGAUGCAACAGGAUACGGGAAGAAUGUCACGGAAAUGUUGAAGAACGAGUUUGUUCUCAAUUUGAGUGAACAAAAUUGCAGCGAUUGUGAGGAAAGUGGUGGGCGCUGUGGAUUUGAUAACACUGAGUUCAUCUGUUUUUGUCCAGAUCGACCCUAUAACAAUACAUGUCCCUCUGCUAAACCCCAUCGAAGAAAUUGGGUAGUGAAGACCGUUAUAGGUAAUAUAUACAUUAUUUCCUUUCCUUUCCUUUCAGUGCAAAAAAUUCUUCUUCCAUCCUACAAUGAAUUAGAAAUUAUCACUCGUGUUAUUUGCCCAGGCGUAAUUGCUGCAUUCUUGGGCAUGGGUUUAAUGUGCACUGUCUUCUUGAUCUAUCAAUUCCGGAAUAGAAAACGCUACACUCCUUCAUCCUUACUCUCUCAAAACAAAUCUUCUGACCCCUCGUCAGUUAUGGAGUCUGAGAAGUCCAGCAUCUACUUUGGAGCCCAUACCUUCUCCUACGGUGAGCUUGUAGAAGCAACUAAUAAUUUUGACCCUACUAAAGAACUUGGUGAUGGAGCCUUUGCCACUGUAUACCAUGGCAAGCUCCGAGAUGGACGUAAUGUUGCAGUCAAGCGCUUGUAUGAAAACAAUUGCAGGAGAGUUGAGCAGUUCAUGAAUGAAGUUGAGAUUCUAACUUACUUGCGACAUCAAAGCCUUGUUUCUCUUUAUGGCUGUACCUCUCGCCACAGCCGUGAGCUCCUACUUGUAUAUGAAUAUAUUCCCAACGGAACAGUUGCCGAUCAUCUUCAUGGCAACUGUGCAAAUGCUGGCUCGCUUACAUGGCCUAUCCGGAUGAGCAUUGCAAUAGAGAGUGCGAGUGCUUUGACAUAUCUCCAUGCUUCCGAUAUUAUCCACAGAGAUGUCAAAACCUAUAAUAUUCUACUUGACAAUAAUUUCUGUGUUAAAGUUGCAGAUUUUGGGCUCUCUCGUCUCUUUCCAACCGAUGUUACUCAUGUUUCUACUGCUCCACAAGGGACUCCUGGUUAUGUUGACCCAGAGUAUCAUCAAUGCUACCAGCUUACAGACAAGAGUGACGUCUAUAGCUUUGGAGUUGUUUUGAUUGAGCUUAUAUCAUCGAAGCCACCUGUUGACAUCACUAGGCAUUGGCAUGAAAUCAAUUUAUCUGACAUGGCCAUUAACAAGAUCCAAAAUAAUGCAUUGCACGAGCUUGUUGAUCCAUCUCUUGGGUUUGAGACAGACUACAAGGUAAGAAAAAUGAUAACGGCCGUAUCAGAGUUGGCAUUUCGGUGUUUGCAAAAAGAGAAGAAAAUGAGACCUUCCAUGAAAGAGGUGUUGGAAGGUCUAAAGGCUAUUCAAGCUAUGGUAGACAACGUAGAAAAAGCGGAGGAGGGGGAUAGUCUAGCAGAUGAUGUUUGUGCUGCUAAAGAAUGAGACACUACUUUCACCAGAUACUGUGACCUGUAAAUUGGGCUAGUAAGUCGACAACACCUAAUACCAGUGGUUAGAUUAUCCCUCUCACUUCACUUGAUUUUCAAGUACAAAGUGAUGUGAAUGUUAUAUGGUUAGUAACAUCAUAUGUAACACCGUCCCCUUCCCCAACUGAGAAAAAAAAAGGUUGAUUUGUUUUCACCUAUUAGAUUUCGGUACCAUGAGAUGUACAUACUUAGCAGGAGCUGUGAUGGCCACACUAGGCUUUAUCUUACCUUUG